GGAAAAGUUAUGCCACCGCUGCCCUGCUCCCGUUCUCAACCUGGCAAUGCCAGGCUGGCAUUGCUGCUUCGCACUCGAGUUAUGUAUAGAGCUCAAUGAUGUACAUACAAUAAUUCAAAAUAAUAAUCAAUACAGUUACAUACGCAGAGUAUAAUCAAAUAAUUGAGAAUAUUCCGUUGUUCCAUUGCGCGUUGCCGCGUUGCGCAUCGACCUGCUUUUUAAUCUUGAUCAAGAGGAUCAAGAUUCCGCGACGCAAACUGGAAACGUCAGCGACCUAAAUAGAAAUGGCACGAUCAAUCUGAAACGGCAGAAAGUCGGGGGAUUGCGUUGAUCAUCCUCUGUUAAUAUCCACCUCGUACGCAAUACACGUUUAUUAGCCUUAAACUGUGAUUAGGUGUAAUAGGUGUACAUAUAAAGUUCUCGCGGAGUUCCAUUCUUCCAGUGAAAAAUGUCUGAACCCGUUCUCAAUCCCCAAAUUCCGUACGUGGCGCCAGUCGAAGGUGGCCUGCAUCCCGGGAAGAUGUUAAAAGUGGUCGGGAGGACGCAGCCAGGCUGCGUCUUAUUCGCCAUUAAUUAUCAGCUGGGACCGAACCUCAAUCCCAGGGAUGACAUAGCUCUGCACGUCUCCCCACGUUUCCCAAACGGUUUCAUAACCCGGAACCACAUAGAAAAUAUGACGUGGGGCCCAGAGGAAAACGCAGGGCCCAUGUGGAUCAAGCCUGGCCAGGAGUUCGAAAUUCUGAUCCUCUGCGAGGCCCACUGCUACAAAAUCGCGGUGAACGGCAGACAUUUUGCCGAAUUCCGGCACAGAUUGCCAUUCCAGAAGGUUACGCAUUUGGUAAUCGACGGGGACGUUGAAGUGGAGUCUGUCAUUAAUGAAAUUGUGCCAGUAGACGUGCCCAAUCCCAUGGCCGACGCACCGGAGGUGCCCAAUCCUAACUUUGGACCUCCACCGCCCGGUGGACUGUACCCAACGAUUCAACCUCCGUCUGGGCCUAUGCCACCACCACCCGGUUCCAUGCCACCGCCACCCGGGCCCUAUGGUCCCCCACCGCCGAAUAGCGGGUACUACAAUCCUCAAACGCACGGCUAUCAGCCAGGGUACGAGAAACCGGAAGAAGAGGAUACCUUCAGUGGCUGUUUAGAUAAAGUCGGCUUGGCCUUGGGAGGGUUGGUUGCCGCUGGUGGAAUUGCGGCAGCAGCACAUGCCAUGAGCAAAAAGAGGGAGGAGGAUCCGGAGAAGGAUCAUGAGAAGUCCGACGCUAAUAAAUCGAAAACCGAAAGCGAGGGUGGAUUGGGGAGCCUUGGGUCCAUUGGCACGGCCCUGGCUACCAGUUUAGUCAGCAACGUUCUCAACAAUUCCCACGCCCAGCAUGGAUACCCGCCCCCGCCCUCUUCCUCUCCCGGUGGAGAUGUACUUGGGUCCAUCCUUGGGGCUUUUGGUGGAGGUGGAGGUGGAGGUGCAGCACAACAUCCGCAACCGCAGAGCGGCGACAGCCUCUCUGGAGCCUUGGGAUUGAUCAGUGGGGUUUUCGGUGGUGGAGGUCACCCACAGUCGAACUACCAACCCUCGGGCGGCUACGGUCAGUACCAGCCCUCAGGCGGCUACCAGUCCGGUGGCUCCAAUGGCUCUGACCUCUUAUCCUCCAUUGGGUCAUCCCUUUUCAGUUCUGCGAUGGAGGGGUUAAACAAACACAACAAAGACAAGCCCCGUCCAUCAAGGAAUACCACGCCGCCGUCAGAGAAGCCGGCGACACCUUCAGCUGACAAUUCAUCGACUGGGCCGGGCCGUAACUUGACGGCAGAUGAGAUCUCAAAAGGCCUGGGCUUGGACAACUAAUUUUUUAUUUUUUAAAAGAAUAUUUAAAUUCACAUAAACGAUUAUACGCCAUUCGCGUACAUAUCAGAGAUGUGAAAAAAUGUUUCAGAUGAAAGUUGAGUGAUUUCACGGCAGACAUAUGAUGAUGAUGAUACUUGGAUGAUCUUGAAAUGACAACCAGCUGUCCAGUGAGGGUUACAUUGAAAUUUUCAAAUGGGACCCUAUGUUUUUUAUUGUAGAUUCUUAUAACUGACGUUGAAACGUUUUCGAAAUACUACAAAAGUAGUUAUUUUAUGUAAAUCAUUAUUGAAUUAUUAAUUUCUGAAAAAUAAUCACGUGUAGUCGUUUAAAACGAUAAAUGAAAAUAAAAAUAGUAAGAAUCUCAAAAAGAAUUCAGAAGGGAAAGAUACAGAACACCGUAUAAAAACAUAUGAAAAAUUAUAAGUAUUAAAUUAUUAAAAUUGUUAUUUAAAUUCGUCGCUCUCUUAUAUAAUUAAUUAACAAGGAGCAAUUAUUUAAUUGCUUACUACAUCAAAUUAGCUUCAAUUAGUCUUCGUUAUUUAAUUAUUCCAAAGAUUAAUUAUGCUUAUACUAACAACGAAGCUAUAAUAUUUAUUUAUCAAUUAAUUACUUAACCAAGCAUAAGCUAUGUGAUCCUUAAUAUUAAUUAAGCGAUCAUAUUUAUAAAAGAAACCAGCGCACAUUAUUUUUUAUUCAAGAGGUAUAACAAAAACUGUUGACUGUUAAUAGAUGUAGAUUGUUAAUAACAUGGCAACUAAUUGUAUACAAUAUUUAUAGCUGUUUGCCAGCUUCAGUCUUGAAUCUCAUGUGGUCGACUGGAGAUGAGAUUGAUGCAUUUCCAUAGAAAUGAAAUAUAAAGUGUGUACAUGUAUUGUGCAUUUAAUGCGAGUAAUGUAAGAUUUUAAAGAAUUCAGUUAUGAACUUUAAUUAUUUGGGUACAUGCGUACCGUGUGUUAAAUCUAGCUACUUAGAUUGUUAAUAAACGGGCAACUAACUGUAAA